AUGAGCAACAGCAACGAGACAAUAGUGAUCGUGGGCGGCGGCAUCGUCGGCGUCUCGACCGCCUUCUUCACAGUAAAGUCGCUGGCCGAGAAGUACCCAGCCGAGCAGCGGCCGAGCGUGGUGCUGCUGGAGCAGUGCGAGCCCGGAUGCAGCGCCUCGGGCAAACAACUGGCCGAGUUCGGGUACGAUCUGCACGCGAAGCUAGCGCGCGAGUACAACGGACCCGAACGCUGGGGGUACCGGCCGCUGGACACAUAUUGCGCCGAGAUCGACCGGAUCCCGGUGACGCCGGCGAAGCAGCACAAGACCACCAACAAGCGCACCGAGGCCGAGAAUAUGGUGACCUCUAUUGAGGUUAUUGCCGCCAAGCCGCAGCAGUCGCUGGUCGCCACGCCAAUGCACUACUCCGGACCGCCGUCGCCAGGCGAGGAGCACCAGGACCGCACGCACUCGUCGUUCGACAACGCCUGCGUCGGCAAUAUGGCAAACACCGCGCAAGUCGAUCCGCUCAAGCUGACACGCACGCUGCUGAGCGAGGCCAAGGCGCUGGGGCUGCAGAUUGUCAAGGCCAAGGUUAUCGAUGUCGAGGAGCCCGGAUACCGCCCGCCCAUCCUCGAGUUCCCCAUCAGCAGCCAGAGCCGUCUGGCCACCGACGAGUUCUCGAUCGUCGAGCCCGCCAAUACACCGGACUCGACGCGCCGUGCCUCGGUUGUCAAGCCGUAUCUGGUCAAGGUUGACCAGGGUGAGGACAUCCCCGCGGACAAGAUCGUUGUUGCGUGCGGCGCCUGGGUCACCUCGUGCCUGCGCUGGCAGGCCUUCCGCGAGGUAUCUGCCAGCCAGAUCCCGAUCCAGGGCCUGCGCGCCCACUAUCUGAUCGCCAAGCCCUCGGAGCCACUGCCAGCCCAGGCUGUGUUUGCCGAGAUCAACGGCACCGUGUACAACGGGGAGGACGCAAUCGAGAUCUAUUCGCGCAUGGACGGAUCGGUGUUUGUGUGCGGCGAGGCCCUCGACGACCCCGAGAUGCCGCCCCACAAUCCCUUCGAGCCCGUGUGGAGCAAGCGCGCAACCAACCGCCUCAAGCAGAUCGUCAACGACGUUAGCCCGUCGCUGAGCUUUGAUGUCAUCAACUACGGCCUCGCCUGCCACCUGCCUGUGCAUGCCAAGGGCAUUCCCGUCAUCUCGCCUGUGCCCGACGCCAAGGGCCUGUUCAUUGCCGCCGGCCACGGGUGCUGGGGUAUCCUCAACGGUCCGGCCACCGGCCUGGCCAUGUCCGAGCUGCUGGUUGAUGGCAAGUGCACCACCCUGGAUCUGACAAACUUUAGGCUCAACCGGUGGUACUAA